AUUUAAGGAUUUAUUUAGUCUGUUUCUGUUUGCUUUUUAAACCUUAGAGGUAACGCCAAAACAGGAUGCGUUGUUACAACAGUUACAGUCUUAACUGAAAAUAACUGGGUGGUUUGUGGGAUGACAAAGGCGAGGAGUGUGUGUUUCUUUCAUUAUGCUGCAUUCACGGUGACACUCGAUACAGAUAGUGAGUUAACAACCGUAUUAUAGCACAAUGAGCGAAAGAAGAAACCUCUCAUUCCAUAGGAGCCUGGCAGAUAUGUCCACCAAGAGAUGCUAUGGCAGAAUUUAAGGCAACGAGGCACUAGACCAGGCAGGAAAUUGGAGUAAAGCUGAAACCUAAAGGCGUUGCUAACCAGCGGCUCGUGUAUGUGUGUUAGAGAGUAAGUGUGUGUGUGUGUGUGUGUGUGCUCGGAAGUGCCUAUGGCGGAGUUUGGGGAGGACGGCAGCCAGCCUCCAUUGAAUCUUGGGGAUACGGCCGUGCCCAGUGACGAGGCGGCCGGGAAGACGCAUUGCGAAGUGUCGGUUCUGAAUGGAGACUGUGGGAUAUCCGAAAAAAUGGUCGGUUCGAGAUCUGUUGUCACGCCUGGCGGCCAAAGCGGGGUGGAGAAUGCCAAUACCUCUGUCGGACUGGAUACAAAAUCUGAAAUACCACGCAGGAGCAGCAUUAUUAAGGAUGGAAAACAACGUAAAGAAAGAAAGAAGACGGUCUCAUUCAGCAGCAUGCCUACUGAGAAGAAGAUCAGCGGUGCCAGUGAUUGCAUCAAUUCAAUGGUGGAUGGCUCAGAAUUAAAGAAAGUGCGAUCCAAUUCACGCAUUUACCACCGCUACUUUCUCCUUGAUGCGGACAUGCAGUCUUUGAGAUGGGAGCCGACAAAAAAGGAAUCUGAAAAGGCAAAAAUCGAUGUCAAGUCCAUCAAAGAGGUUCGGUCAGGCAAAAAUACGGACACUUUUAGAACUAAUGGCACCUAUGAUCAGAUAUCUGAGGACUGUGCUUUCUCAGUCAUCUUUGGGGAGAAUUAUGAGUCUCUGGACUUGGUGGCAAACACAGCCGAUGUAGCAAACAUAUGGGUGACAGGGCUGAGGUACUUGAUCUCCUAUGGUAAACAUACCUUAAAUAUGAUUGAGAGCAGUCAGAAUAGCAUGCGCUCAUCUUGGCUAAGUGAACUGUUUGAUGAGGAAGACGUUAACAACAGUAAACAAAUAACGAUAUGUGCUGCUGUGCAGCUAAUCAAAAAGCUAAACCCAGGACUUAAAAAUGUGAAAAUAGAAUUAAAGUUCAAGGAGCUUCACAAAGCCAAGGACAAUCCUGGUUCUGAUGUAACAAAAGAGGAGUUCAUCGAAGUGUUUCAUGAUCUUUGCACCAGACCAGAAAUUUAUUUUCUCUUUGUUCAGUUCUCCAGCAAUAAGGAAUUUCUUGAUACUAAGGACUUAAUGAUAUUCCUGGAGGCAGAACAAGGAAUGGCUCAAGUCAAUGAAGACACCAGCUUAGAGGUCAUUCAGAAAUAUGAGCCAUCCAAAGAGGGUCAGCUCAAGGGUUGGCUUUCUCUUGAUGGGUUCUCCAAUUAUCUUAUGUCUGCAGAGUGCCACAUAUUUGACCCUGAGCACAAAUCAGUUUGCCAAGACAUGAACCAGCCUUUAUCUCACUACUACAUCAAUGCAUCCCACAACACAUACCUGAUAGAAGACCAGUUCAGAGGUCCUUCUGAUGUGACGGGGUAUAUCCGUGCCCUCAAGAUGGGCUGCCGCUGUGUCGAGCUAGAUGUGUGGGAUGGACCUGAUAACGAACCUGUUAUUUACACUGGUCACACAAUGACCUCACAGAUUGUCUUUCGAAGCGUCAUUGACGUCAUCAACAAGUAUGCCUUUGUUGCCUCUGAGUUUCCACUGAUGCUGUGUUUAGAAAACCAUUGCUCCUUACAGCAGCAGAGAGUAAUGUUUCAGCAUCUGAAGAAGAUCCUUGGAGACAAGAUCCACUUAGAUCUCCCAAAACCCGAGGACUGUUACCUUCCUUCUCCCUCUGAGCUCAAGGGAAAGAUCCUGUUGAAGGGUAAGAAACUGGGCACAAACUGCACCGCUUCCGAAGGCGAGGUGACAGAUGAAGAUGAGGGGGCAGAGAUGUCGCAAAGGAUGAGCAUUGAGUCUGCAGAGCAACAGACUAUUGCGCCCAAAAAAUUCCAGCUGUCUAAAGACCUCUCUGAUCUGGUGACAUUGUGCAAGUCUGUUGAGUUCAAAGACUUUCCAACAUCCUUCCAGAACCAGAAACACUGGGAGCUCUGCUCUUUUAACGAAGUCUUUGCCAGUCGCUGUGCCUGUGACUUCCCAGGUGACUUUGUAAACUACAACAAGAAAUUCCUGGCACGGGUUUACCCAAGCCCUAUGCGGAUUGACUCCAGCAAUAUGAAUCCCCAAGAUUUCUGGAAGUGUGGCUGCCAGAUUGUAGCAAUGAACUACCAGACUCCUGGUCUGAUGAUGGAUCUAAACAUCGGCUGGUUCCGUCAGAACGGGAACUGCGGCUACGUGCUCCGUCCAGCCAUCAUGAGGGAGCAGGUCUCGUAUUUCAGUGCCAACACAAAAGACUCAGUGCCUGGUGUUUCUCCACAACUCUUGCACAUCAAGAUAAUCAGUGGACAAAACUUUCCUAAGCCAAAAGGCUCAGGUGCCAAAGGAGAUGUGGUAGAUCCCUACGUUUACGUGGAAAUACACGGCAUUCCUGCCGACUGCGCUGAACAAAGGACUAAAACAGUGAACCAGAACGGGGACGACCCUCUGUUUGACGAGAGCUUUGAGUUCCAGAUAAACCUUCCUGAGCUUGCAAUGGUUCGCUUUGUGGUACUUGAUGAUGACUUCAUUGGGGAUGAGUUUAUUGGCCAGUAUACAAUCCCCUUUGAGUGUCUGCAACCAGGUUUCCGGCAUGUACCUCUUCAGUCUCUGACAGGGGAAGUUCUGCCACAUUCCUUCUUGUUCGUCCAUGUUGCCAUAACCAAUCGAAGAGGAGGUGGCAAACCACAUAAAAGGGGACUGUCUGUCCGAAAGGGUAAAAGGAGUAGAGAGUAUGCCAGCAUGAGAGUGCUGCUGAUCAAGGCUGUGGAUGAUGUCUUUAAGACAGCCCUUCUACCACUGAGGGAAGCAACAGACCUCAGAGAAAACAUGCAGAAUGCCAUAGUAUCCUUUAAGGAGCUGUGCGGCCUUUCAGCUGUGGCUAAUCUGAAGCAGUGCAUCUUGGCUCUUUCCCCUCGGCUGACAGGACCUGACAAUAGCCCCCUUCUGGUCUUCAACCUUGCUGAGCAGUACCCCAACUUAGAACCCCAGGGGCUGCUACCAGAGGUCCUUAAGAAAGUUGUCACCACCUACGACAUGGUGAUCCAGACCAGCAAGACACUGCUGGAGAACUCUGAGGGUGUUUCUGAGAGAAUUCUACAAACUCAAAAAGCAGCGAUGGAAUUUCAUGAGAACCUGCAUGACCUGGCUGUGAAGGAAGGGUUGAAGGGCAGGAAGCUGCACAAGGCAGUGGAGAGCUUCACGUGGAACAUCACCAUACUGAAGGGUCAGGCAGACUUACUGAAACAUGCCAGAAGCGAGGUCCAGGAGAACCUAAAGCAGAUCCAUUACGCUGUGCUCACCUGUAACCUGAGCAAAGGAGGAGCUGUGAGCGGUUCCUCCAGCUCCUCAGACUCCAGAGGCAGACGCAGCCUGGAGGCCAUCCCUGAGAAGGCCACCGGAGAGGAGGAGCUCACCGACGAAGACAACUGAAGGGUCAAGUUUCUGGAUGCUCACUCGGCGCCCUCGUUUAGACCUCCAUGAUCCCAAAGCUCUUGCUCUUUCAAUCCGUUACCACUCUGUGUCUUUACCCAGGCGUCAUCCCUCCACAUUCCAUCAAGUGCAAUCCUGUAUUCAAAGCACAGUUGUAACCUCUCAGACUCCAGGAUUGUCGUCACUAAAAAAAGAUGCCACCAACAAGCUCACUUCACAGAACAGUCUCAACCAGUGUUUUCAAGUCUUAAUAAGUUUGGGAAGCUACUGUCGUUUUGUUUAAGAGCUCUGUGGAAGGUCAGAAAUGCACGCUAUAUUUGCAAUGCAUCUAAUGCAGGACAGCCACAUCUUUCCCCAUCACAAAACAUCACAACAUUUCCCAUCUCUCAACUCCUGGAUGAGCCAGGAGAAAAGUGAGUGAACUUCCAGCCACGAGACUGUUUAAGACAUUGACCCCACUGUUGGAGACAGUGCACUUCUACUCAGCGGACCAGAUGUUUCUUACCAGAAGACACGAGGAAGGCCUUGGACUGUUGCAAGAGAUUUCUUAAAGCACAAAUUUCUGGAGUUAUGAAUGUAAAGGGGACUGAGAAGGAUCUGGGAGGAAAAGCAGGAAGUAAAAAGAGGAUUGAAGACAGUACAGAGCUGUUUACAAUACUGAACUUGUCCAUGUUCUUGUUUGCCAAAAUAGUAGGAUACUAUAUGUAUAUAUGGAGUGUCCUGUUACCUUUUUCUGCAGAGUGCAUUGUUUUAUGAUUAUAUACUUGGGAGUAUAAGAUUUAUUUUAUAAAAGAUUUAUGAAGAUGUCUGUGGAGAUACAAAGUUUUAUUUGUGUGUGAUUAUCUGAUAAUGAGGUUUGUGAUAAAUAAUAGAGAGCAGUUUUUUUUUUUUUUUUUCCCCCCCUAGUGGGGAGCUCCAACACAUGGAACCAGGAUGAAACGGGGAGAAUAUAAUCAUACUGUAUGUUUGGUGCAAAAAAACAACAACAGAGUCUCAGUAUUCAUAACCAGCAACUGCAUGAAAGGGAACCAUGGCUGGACGUCGACAUGAUUCGGGAUUUUAUUCGGCGGUAGCUUCCUCCUUUGUUUUGUUAGCGUGGUGCUUCAUGUCAGGCGCUGAAAGUUUUACCAAAGUCAACUUUAUGUUUAGGCUGUCCUACUUUGAGUUUAUUUUAAGUUUUUUUUUUGUUUGUUUGUUUGUUUUUGAGGUUUGCAACCCGUUAUUUAGAAUAUUCCAAUGAAAAGCCAACUGUGGCUAUAAAUUAAACAGUUCUAUUGUUUUUAUGUAACUAUUUGGUUUUACUAAGAACUUGUUAGACCACAGACUCUGAACAUAAGGUUGAGUACCAAACAAACAAUAUAGCUGCAAUUAAUCAUGCGGUUUAUUUUAUUUAUCAUAUAAAACAACCUCCCCACUUUGUUUUAUCUCUUAGUCAGCGUACAAUGGAACGUGAACAUUGUGCAAAAGUGGCAACAUUUCCUGUGUGUGUGAGUAACAAAGCUUUGUCAACUCCUCUGUAAGGAUUUAAACUCAGGUCUGAAGAGAUGGUUGAAUAUUGGCUUCAAAGUAAUAACAGCUUCCUGACCAUUCCUGCUAACAGAGAAGUAUUUGAUGCACAGUGUGUAGUUUAACUGUGCCUCAUUACUCCUAACUAAAGCCUGCAGCAUCAAGCAGGAGGUGAGGAAAUUUAUUGUAGCGUUUCCCAUAUGUUGCUUCAGGGGUCCCAUAUUUGCUUUUCAUCCAUCAGUCCACCUGCAUCUUGAUUUAAAAUGUCAUAAUAGAAGAUAUGUUCCUGGCUUCAUGAUUGGACACUUCAGUAAAUAAAAUUAUGGCUCUUAGGAUUAAUUUGGAAAACUGUCCAACUGCUUCUAAUCAACGAUCAAUAAAGUGUAGGUACAAAGAAAACUUCAGCAUUUCUUUAAAUGUUGCAGAUUAGUUUUUUUCCUGAUGACGGGUUGAAAGACUGUUCCUAAGAUUUUCAUUUGCUUCCACAGAUAUCUGGAUCUGCACAGUAGUGUGAGGAAAAUACGUAGCAUUUUUUGUUUGUUUUCUUCUUAAAAAAUUCUCACUAAGCAAUUAAUUGAGGUUUUAUCUGUCGCUGUUUUAGCAGGUCGGAAUUAAAAGAUCUUAAAGUUAUAAUCCUGAUAUUUAUCUAUUAUGAUGUGUUUAAAUUUAUGGAAUGCCAUUUGUUCAAUAAUGCAAAAAUAAAUACUUAAAAAAAUAGGCCUAUGAAGUAAAUAGUUAGCUGAUGUAGCUCAAUAACUUCACAGCUUAGAAAUAUUUUUAUUGUACAUAGUUAAGCCGAAUAAAAAAAAAAAGGAACUUGGUUGGUUUUUUUUUUUUUCUUUUAAAAUGCCAACUGUUAACAUUUUUGCUAAUUGCUAACUUGUCACUACUUGCUAACUUAACAUAUUUUUCAAAACAUUUAGAAUCACUCGUUUACUUGCUUGUGUUCUACGCUAUUUACCAGAGGUUCCCACUGGGGGCUCAUUACAGAUUUGUUGGGUAUAAACAAACCAAUAAACAUGGUAACAAUAAAAGAGUAAAAAGCAGCAGCAGUAGCAUCGUAGACUGCAUGUAGCUCCUAAAACACAGCGUAGGCUGUGUCUAGUCUCUGAAGCUUUGUCAUUUUUUACUGCUGCUGACCCUAAGACUUCACAUGUGGUCCAAUUUGUUCCCUAAAAAAAACAACACUUUACACCAGCUUCUUUACGUCUAUAGUUUUCCUUUCAACCACAUUAAUCUUUCAGACCAUGUAGAGGCUGAACCAGCAACAACCUGUUCCCUGAAUGAAGUCAUACAUAAACAACAAAAGCCCUAAAAAUGAGUAAAUUAUGUUUUAACAAGGCAACGUCACUUUUAGAUUCAUUGAGAAAAUGACACCACUAGUAGAAGUCUAACAGGAAGUACAAACAUGUAGCUACGCUAAAACCUUUCUGUUAAACUGCUGGAUGAGUAUAACAUUCACAAUCACUGUAGCUUCUUGGGUUUUGAUGGGUCAUAUAGGUCCUUCCCUCCAGUCCCUCCUGUUAUGGAGCUCAUGCGAUGCACAACUAGUGAUGUCACUUUCAGUGAACGCCACCAUGUGCAAGGUCGGCAACGGCAACCAUAAACUAUGCACAAGUUUACAUCAGUUUUAUUCAGCAUCACACUUCCUGCAAGGUAAUUAUUGUACUAAUAGCUUAGUGCUGCACAUAUCUAUGUCUGCAGCCUUGAAUAUUUAUACCUAAAAAAAAAAAAAAAAAAAUUACUUUCUU